AUGCCGCUCCUCGCUGCGGCAGGCGCUGCCACAAUGGCGGGCGCUGGAGGGACGCUCUUUGGCUACAAUCGAGAAAACUAUCUCUACGACAGGAAGAUGCGCCAGGAAACGGAAUACCAGAUUAUGGAUUUCAGAAUAAAGCAGGCAGAGCUUUGGCGAGAAGAUGUCCGAGACAUCAUCGGCCUGACCUCAGUGAAAAUGGACACUUACCUGAUCGUGAAUGCUGUGCAGUUAGGCUUCACGGUCAUGGCCUUCUGUGAAGGCCGCCUGGCCAGCGGAACCCCAACCUGGCUCGUUGGCUGCCACACGUUAUCGCUGGCAGGUGCGUUCAUGUACUUGCUGAUGUCUGUCUGGUUCUCCAUGCAUGCUUCCGUCACGGCCAAGAGCUACGAGACACGUCUCCUAACCCAGCUCGUUCGACUGCCAGUGCCUUCCUGGGCGCAACUAGAAGCCGCGCGAACGUAUGGCUCGACCUUCGAGAAAACGAAGACAAAUCAGAUGUUUCGAGUUCCCUUUGCUAUGGGAUCGCAGCAGCGAGUCCUCGGAGAGGCAUCGAGCUCUGCAGCUCCAGCUUUGACAAACCAAGAGGGCGCGGCCGAAGGCACUGGUGGUGCUCCGGCAGUCUCUGCAGACCUCUGGGGCCUCGAGGGCAACGGAGAAGAGAUCUACGAGCUAGAUGGAAAGCUCCGUACAGAUCCAGCAUCUCAGCGUCACUUGCAGCUGAUCAAGCAGGUGAUGCACUAUUGGCAGUCUUACGAUGGCUUCGCACGUGUGGCGAUGAGCAUGGGCACCAAUCAGUUGAUCUUGGGCUUGUCAUACUAUGUGAUCGGCUACGUGUUGAUUUCCAACAAGGCCAUCAUCGCCUGCUGGUUGGUAGUGCUCCUCUUCAUGGUCAUUGCGACUGCGUUGAUUCGUUUGGACAUGUCGCUCACCGGCUUUGAGUUCCGCGCGGCUAUGGUUCUGGUUUUCGCUGGGCCAACCCUGACUGCCCUCGCGGCCCAGCAGUGGCGGCUGCACACGGUGAAGGGCUACGAGAUGGUGCACCUCUUGGCGCCGCUGCCCUAUGCAGCCGAAGCGGCCUGGCUCAUGCUCCUGCUGUACAUCUGCAAGGUCCAAGAACAGGAAGGUGGAGCGACGCUUCCCACCGGGUUCCGGUCAGUGAUGUACAUUGACGUCUUCGGCUGGAUCAAACGAGCUCGUGCUCAGAAGGAGGGCCAGGCCAGCCCCUGGGAACCGCGGGUGUCCGAAGAGACACGCCGCCUCCCGUCGCCCGCAGAGGCUGCAGUACCCCAGCCGGGACGAGGUCCAGCAUUGGAUGCUGUACACUACGAUGGCAGCAUCUUGAAAGGCCCAGCUCCGCGGCGGCCAGAGCUGCUGCCAGGUGCUGCCAAGCCUCCUCCAGAGACCUUGGCCACUAAAGAAAUGUUCGAUCCCACUACUUUUGUCCCGAGGGAGAAGGAUGGGCAGCAUGCAAAUCACGCAGAGGACAUUCACCCUUAUCUGAAGCCGGGUGUAGUGCCCUGGCGAAUCUUCUGCUCAGCGACCACGCUGCUUCUGGUCCUCUGGUGGAUCUCCGGAGUGCUUGUCCUGCUUCAGUCUUCUGGAUGGUCUGCGCUGCGCGUAUCGCCGCUUCUCCAUGACUCGGAGGAGGGGCCUGCGCCAAUCGAGCAAACGCAGACCGCGUCAUUUCUGCUGGAAGAGGCCGCUAUCCAGCCAAAUCCCAUUGCCGAGUCUUUGCGUGGAGAGCACGUCGCCACGUUCUGGCCUCCUGGAGCCUCUCCGAGGCACCUCUCAUGUGCAUCGGCGGAUGGCGCUGUGCGCUUCGCUGCCAGUAGCCGCUUCGGCCUCUUCGAGGCAACACUGAACACUGGCCUGAAGAGCAACGCCAGCAGCCCCGGCAACUCCAGUGCCGAAUUCCAUUUCGCUCCUGUCUGUGACGAUUUGGAAGGUGAGGCGCUGCAGGACCUCAGCCUGAUAUGCAGUGGCCACGACUGCCAUGCGCAGGUGCUGCACCGCCAAGGCCAGCGCCUGGCGAGUUGCGCACUGGGCGCCUCAGCUCGGGCGCCGGAGGCUGUGAUGUCACUUGGUGACACAUGGCUGGGCCAGGGAGAUGCAGCCCGCGACGAGUCGCAGGAGGAGGUUUCAUCCCUGGCCAUGAUGGAUCGCUGCAUUAGCGGUUCAGAGCGCUGUGCCUACGCGGAGACCACGGGUGGGCGUCUUGUGGAGCUCAAGUCUGGCCUGGUGCAAGGCUCUGUGGACUGGUUGCCGACCCGAGUUCUUCUGGCAGAUGUCGGUCGUGCAGCGAUGCGGAAAGGCGCCGCUCUCCACACGCUGGGCGACCGCUAUUUGGCAAUGUUGGUGACAGGAGGGAGGGAGCUGCGCGUCUUCGACCUCCGCCAGUCAGGCAAGAUGGUGCAGAGAUAUCCUCUGCCAGCGCAGAAGAGGUGGAGCUCCAUGUGCAGUGCGGGCAGCAACCUCUAUCUGCUGUCGGAGGACCGGGCAGAAGCCGCGCAGAUCUUCCGCUUCCCGCUCCCACAGUCGUUGCUGCCUCUGGCACAAACGAAGCCAGCCGUGCUUUCGGAGAAGGUCAAAGCUGCACCAACAGAGCCUCCAAUGACCCUGGCAUCCGCGUACGCACAGCCCAAGGAGGAGCCAGUGGAAAAUGCCAAAGCAAGCGAUGUGUUCGGUACCGUGCCACUCUUCGCCGCAAAGCGAGUUGCCUUGCAACAGCAGCAGGCCGCAUCGAACAGCUCUGCAGUGACGUCCAAGAUGCUCCUAAAGACGGCCAAGGCCGCCGCCACUGCAGAUUCACAGGUGCACUCCAACACCGCCAGCUCCGAGCAUGCCGUGCCAAUCUUCGCCGCGAAGCGUGUAUCUUCGGAAGCCUCGGCAGCCGCCCCGAGCAGUAAGCCGUCCGCGGCUGCCGAGCCAAUGCGCGAGCGACGCGCGGUUCGCAAGUCUGCAACAGCAGGCAAAGGUGUUCUGAGUGUGCAUGGCUAG